GGUCAACAAACUGGAAAAUCAUACUAGAGACUUCUAGAUGAUUCUGUCUGCAGUAGUUCCCACUGAAUUAUACUAGCAAACUCUUUCUGGGAUUACUGAACUCUAUUGCCUUCCAGAAUGAUCUCGACUGUCUCCAUACUCUUGAGUUCCGCUCUCUGGUCACCCAUCCCUUCCUUCACUUCUUACAGGGGAUUAUACUGAAGAUUCAGGGGGUUGAAGGAUUAGCCAAGGCAGAUUAAAGUGGCUAUCCUCAACCUGGUAAUCCAGCCAUCUGUCAGAAAGCAGUCAGGCAGCAUUGGGCUGCAGGGUGUGAUUUGUCUCCCUUCUUCAGCUUGCUAAUUAACACUGGCAAGGACCAGCUCUCACAGGCUACAGGACAUCAGGACUGUUUUAAUAAAGAAACACUCUUCUAAAGAAUUUAAAAUGCAAGAGGCGUAUUUGCUUGACCAUCCUGGAGUAAAAAAGAAGAUUUUGCAUGGAGGUCAAGGACCAUUGCCACAUUUUCCGAAGGGAACCAAGCUGGUGUUCCACUUUCAGACUCUGUUGGACAACUUUGAAAGAACAGUGAUUGACGACAGUCGCAAAAAUAAGCGUCCCACAGAGAUUUUCGUAGGGAAGAUGUUCAAAAUGGAGGUGUGGGAGGUGCUCUUAACCUCCAUGAGGAUUGGAGAGGUGGCGGAGUUUUGGUGUGAUGCUAUACACACAGGUCUCUAUCCCAUGGUGUCAAAAGGGAUGCGACUGGCAGCUCAAGGAAAGGACCCUCUCGAGGGCCAAACACACACGUGUGGCAUGGGAAACUUGUUUCACUACCAUUCGACAGGCUUUCCAGAGCUUGAUGAGCUAAUGAGGACACCUCAGCCUCUAAUCUUCAUCAUGGAACUAAUCUCGGUGGGUCAGGUGUAUUCACACAGUGCAAGAAAACAAGCAAAUAUAUGCACACACCACUGCACAACAACACUCUCAUACACUCAUUCUAGUUCCACUCCUCCACCUCCAACAGAUUUCUCACUGCAACCCAAACAGAGCGUAACAAUGUUACACAAUCAAGUGCUACACGCCAGAAAAGAAAUGCUGUUCCCAAUUCUCAGACCAUGUUUUCAAUCCUCAACCAAGCGAGACGAGCACGCUCCAAUUCUCUGUCUACCUCAGGUGGGCGACCCGCUCUCUUACCAGCGGGAGUCUUGGAUGAUGGAGAAGGAUGAGAAGCUAAAGGUCGUGCCCUCGCUACAUCUUUUGGGCAACGCUCUGGUCAAGCAGGGUCGGUUCCGUGAAGCUGCAGAAAAGUACCAGGAGGCUGUGGUUCUGCUGCGAACAGUUCAAUCCAGGGAGAUGCCUGGAGAUGAAGACUACAUUAAUCUGGACAGGCUUAUCAUUCCUCUUGUACUGAACUACUGCCAGUGCAUGUUAGAGCUGGAGGAAUAUUAUGAAGUCAUAGAACAUACAACAGAACUCCUGGACAAACACAAAGACUGUGUCAAGGCCUACUACAAGCGAGCGAAGGCCUAUGCGGCUGUGUGGAGCGAGAGGGAGGCCAAGAGAGACUUCCAGAUGGUGGCCAACCUAGACAUCACACUGUCUCGAUUGGUGCAAAGAGAACUCAGUCUUCUCUCUGAGAGAAUGAAGGAAAAAUACUGGGAGGAUAAAGAAAGGUACUGGAAGAUCCUGGAAGACAGAGAAAAGGAACCAGAGAAGGAGGACAUCUCUGAGAUGGAUGCAAAAGAGGAAAGCAGAGGGGAACAUUCUCAGUCCCCUGAAGAGGUCAAAGAUGCUGAGGAGGGAAAGAAUCCAUCUGUAGCAGAGGAAAACAAGCUUGACACCAAAAGUGAGGAGUCGGCAGCGGAGGCCAAUCACAGGAUAACAGCUCUGACCGAGGGCAAGGACUGGCAGCAGAUGCUACGGCUAAUUAUGCUGCUCCAAGACGAAGGCAAUUUCAAUGUGAAAGAGCAUAAAUACACUGAGGCGUCUGCUAAGUUCAAGGAGGCUCUGGAGUAUGUAGACCAUCUCCAAACUAAGGUGGAACAUAAAGGAGAAGACUGGGAAUCUCUAGAGAAAGUCCGUCUGCCACUCUGUCUAAACCUCAGUCAGUGUAAGCUGGAGCUUGGGGAAUAUCAAGAAGUGGUGGAUCUCAAUUCUAAACUGCUGAAGAAACAUAAAGACAAUAUGAAAGCUGUGUACCAGCGGGCCCAAGCUCACGCUGCAUUAUGUAACGAAGACGAGGCCCACAGGGAUUACAAUAGGGUCAUGCAACUGGAUCCCAGAUUCAAACCUACCAUCAAACAGGAGAUUAAGAAGAUGGGUGAGAACAUGAGAGUGAAGUGUGUCAAUGAAAACAAAAACUACUGGACAAGCACUCAGGAGAAGUGGGAAAAGAAGGCGCAGGCCAAGAGAGGAAAGAAGAUGAAGAAAGGAGUGACAUGGGCGGAUGAGAGUAAACUGUUGGGAAGGCAUGAUGAAGGACAACUGGCAAGAUCUGGCUGCGGUGACAAAUCAGAAGAGAGCUGCAGUGUCAAAGCAGGUAAUAAAGAUGAAGGACAGGAUGAGAAGAAAAACUGCGAGAACAAAAAGGACCAGAGCUCUCUGACCCUGAAAGAAGCAAAAGAAAAAACUGUGGCUUUAGAUAAAGACAGGGAUUCAGUCCAAAGCAGUGUGUUGGGAGAUAGUACACAGAGAUCACAGACAGAUAGUUGGGCCACUGAAACUCUAAUGACCAAUGACAUUACAAAGAAAAAUGAUGGCCAGGAUGAGAUCACAGAUGAAAAACAAGAAUCUUCUGCAAAGCCAGAUAAAGAUGCAAGCAGUGGAGCAUCAAGGGAAGAAAGACUGCCCGACUCGACUGGAGAUGAUGAAACAGAGGAAAGCUACUGAAUUUAAGAUGGAGAAGACAAAUGUUGAGGAACCAACAGGAGCAUCACCUGCAAAACCUGAGAAAUUCACCACAAAUAUUAAAUGCAAACAGAAAAAGAAACAGAUUAAAUGCCAUCUGAAAAAAAAUAAAUAAAUACAAACCAGACCAGGUGUAUAACAAAUAAAAAUUUAUUUCUUUGUACACAAUGAGUAGAAAGCAGCCAGUAACUCGUUCAUUUUUAAAACGCCUUCCUUUCACAUUUUGUACAGAUUAAAAACACGAAAAAAAAAAACUAAGACAUUAAUUAUGAUGUUAAUAAUUAAAAAUAAAACUGCAUUGCACAUGAAAUUCAAAACAUAAAAAAACACAAUGCACAUAUUGCAGGGACACGUAAUAUAAAUGUAAUAUUUGUAUUCAGGUCAUUUGUCAUGGUGUGUAAUGGCGAUGCCACAGGUUCAGAGGUUAAACCAGUAAAUGCCCGGCUGUGUAGUUUAAUAUUUCAAACAAGCCUGCAAAGCCAGAGACGUAUUGGGGUCGUGACACAAAGGUCUGCUACAUACAAACAAAAAUAAUGAGUGUAUUUGUUAAUGAGGCAGAUGGCUAAAUAUAGCUCAGGCAGCCCUUAGCAAUGCUGUCAAAUCCACAAAACAUUUCCUUCUGUAAUUUAACACAUUUCACAAAUUCAGCACAUCUCAUUUUCUAAAAGUAGGGAGCAAUUAUGAGUUAAAAAGGUCAUAUUAAGGAAUAGUAGAUGUACAUAUAGGCUACCAGAAUGGAGAAUUAUUAUAUUUUGCAAAUGGUAUGCAUAUAGAAGAAUUUCCAUGUAUUACAUAAUGCUACAUGAUUUGCUACCAUGUUGAAGCUCUAUAUAUCAUAUUUUGCAAAAAUGUUUAAUAAAUCAUCUCCCUUUCUACAGGCUUAAAAGUCAUUUUCUUAAUCAGCAUUUUGUCUUGCUUUCUAU